GGCCGCGGGCCGGGAGCCGUGGUGCGGGUGGCGUCGGCGGGGCCGCGGGCGGAGCGGAGCGGGAGGCGCACGGCUGCCCCGGACGCACAGCCCGCAGCGGCGCCCGUCGGGAGCGGAGCCCAGCCGAGCCCCGGGGAGGAUCGCGCAGUAAUUGGAUUUUAAAAGUUAUUUAAGCCCCGGAGUAAAAUACACGGCUCAGCCGGGCGAGGUAAUAAUCCGUUUAGCCGUAACCUAAAUCCCCGGCGCCGAGGCCACGCAGCCGGGCGGAGAGCAGCGCCUCCGCCUCGCCGCCGUCGUCGCGGAAUCCUGCGCGGAGCUGGCUGGAGCCGUCGCCGGUCUCCGCGCGUCUCUCCCGUUUCGCCGCCGCCUUCUUCGGCAGGAGCAGCUCCGGAAACUUUCGCCGACGGAAGCGCUGCGAGCGCCGACCCGCCGCAGCCGGGGAAGAAAGUCGCGGAGGGCCGGCGCGGAGCCGCGCUCCCCACGCCGCCGCGUCCCUGCCCCGCGGAAGGGGCCCCGCCGCUGCCCUCUGGACGCUGAUGCCCCUGGGGCGCCGCGCCGCCCGGCUCUGAAGGACUCCCCGCGGCUCCCCGGGCCCCCGGCCGCCCCGGCGAUGCGGGCUGGAGGAGGAGGACGAGGCAGCGGAGCGGCCGCCGGCGGCUGCCCCUUGCUGGGCCUGGCCGCGCUGCUGGCCGCCCUGCUGGGGACCCCCGCGGGCGCCGCGGCGCAGCAGUACCACGGCGAGAAGGGCAUCUCCGUGCCGGACCACGGCUUCUGCCAGCCCAUCUCCAUCCCGCUCUGCACGGAUAUCGCCUACAACCAGACCAUCCUGCCCAACCUGCUGGGCCACACCAACCAGGAGGAUGCGGGGCUGGAGGUGCACCAGUUCUACCCGCUGGUCAAGGUGCAGUGCUCGGCCGAGCUCAAGUUCUUCCUCUGCUCCAUGUACGCGCCGGUGUGCACCGUGCUGGAGCAGGCCAUCCCGCCCUGCCGCUCCCUCUGCGAGCGGGCCCGCCAGGGCUGCGAGGCCCUCAUGAACAAGUUUGGCUUCCAGUGGCCAGAGCGGCUCCGCUGUGAGAACUUCCCCGUCCACGGUGCGGGCGAGAUCUGCGUGGGGCAGAACACAUCGGAUGCCCCGCCGGGGCCCGGCGGUGCGGCGGGGCGGGGGGCCACUGCCCACCCCACGGCUGGCUACCUCCCUGACUUCCUCACCCCGCCGCAGCCCCCCUCUGGCUUCUCCUUCUCCUGCCCGCGGCAGCUCAAAGUGCCCCCUUACUUGGGCUACCGGUUCCUGGGGGAGCGGGACUGCGGGGCCCCCUGUGAGCCAGCCCGGCCCAACGGGCUCAUGUACUUCAAGGAGGCAGAGGUGCGAUUUGCCCGGCUGUGGGUGGGCGUGUGGUCUGUGCUCUGCUGCGCCUCCACCCUCUUCACCGUGCUCACUUACCUGGUGGACAUGCGCCGUUUCAGCUACCCGGAGCGGCCCAUCAUCUUCCUCUCAGGCUGCUACUUCAUGGUGGCAGUGGCCUACGCAGCAGGUUUCUUGCUGGAGGAGCGGGUGGUGUGUCUGGAGCGCUUCUCUGAGGACGGCUACCGCACUGUGGCCCAAGGGACCAAGAAGGAAGGCUGUACCAUCCUCUUCAUGAUCCUCUACUUCUUUGGCAUGGCCAGCUCCAUCUGGUGGGUCAUCCUGUCCCUUACUUGGUUCCUGGCUGCUGGGAUGAAGUGGGGCCAUGAGGCCAUCGAGGCCAACUCCCAGUAUUUCCACCUGGCUGCCUGGGCUGUGCCCGCUGUCAAAACCAUCACCAUCUUGGCCAUGGGGCAGGUGGAUGGGGAUGUGCUCAGUGGGGUGUGUUACGUAGGUAUCUACAGCGUGGACUCGCUGCGGGGCUUUGUGCUGGCGCCCUUGUUUGUAUACCUCUUCAUUGGCACUUCCUUCUUGCUUGCUGGCUUCGUGUCCUUGUUUCGCAUCCGCACCAUCAUGAAGCAUGACGGCACCAAGACAGAGAAACUGGAGAAGCUGAUGGUGCGCAUUGGCGUUUUCAGUGUCCUCUACACGGUACCUGCCACCAUUGUCCUGGCAUGUUACUUCUAUGAGCAGGCCUUCCGUGGCACCUGGGAGAAGACAUGGCUCCUCCAGACCUGCAAAACCUAUGCCGUGCCCUGUCCCAGCCACUUUGCCCCUAUGAGCCCGGACUUCACUGUCUUCAUGAUCAAGUACCUCAUGACCAUGAUUGUUGGGAUCACGACUGGCUUCUGGAUCUGGUCUGGCAAAACCCUUCAGUCCUGGCGACGCUUCUACCACAGACUCAGCACCGGCAGCAAAGGCGAGACGGCAGUAUGAGACCCCCUUGUCCCCUCUGGCACACACACACAUGCAUGCAUGCAUGCACACAAGCAGAGGAGAGGCAUACUUGGCAGAAGAGGACGGCAAUGGCUCCCUGAAUAGGGAGGAAGGGAGGCUUUUCCAAACUUUUUCUUCCUCCCAGAGGGUUUGUAAAAAAAAAAAAAAAAAAAAAAAAAAAAUCUUUGCAUAAAGGAUCAGAUGGGCUGUGUCCAGUGGUGCUUAUGCCCAGCUAAGUGGAAGAGCACAGAAAAAGAGGCCGCUGGUGGGAUGGGAGAGUCCUUCACCCACAAGAAGUCCCCUUACUUCUCUCUCCUGCUACUUUGUGCAGGAAAGAAACCCAACCCAACUAAAACCAUCCUGCCUUGCUUUGGACGAGAGGGAGGGGAAGCCACAUCUGUUGAGCUGCCCCUGCCGAGAAGUAGCCAAACCUUCUCUGAAUUGCUGGGGUCAAACUGCAGCGCAGGCAGGGUAACUCCCGAGCCUGAGCUUACUGCCUGCUCCUUCCAGCUCGGCGGAGCAAUCACGUGAGUACUGCACAACCAGCUACAGCCCAGAUCGUGUGCUGGUGAGAUGCCUCUGUUCUGUCAACUCACACGUUCCUUUUUACCUCAGUGAUACCUGUUGUAAUUGUUUUAAAGUGAAAAUUCGGCCCUUGGUCUGUUGUUCUUGCUGCUGUGGGGAAGGAGGGGGUUGCUAUUCCACACCCUGAAAAGAAAUGACUUGUUGCUUUUCAGCAGAAGGCUUUUCCCCCUUGCCUUUGUUCUAGGAGACAAAGGGGGAAACAAAAGUGUUUUCUAUGUAGAAAGGCAUAAGCAUGGGAUCGGUUUUUAUGGGCAAACUAACAAAAAGAAGUCGUUGAGGUUCACCCUUGGAUGUGAGGAGCUUGCAGAAAUAAACAUUCCUUUUAUGAAAAAGGAGGAGGCAGGAUGUUUUCCUACCGUUCAAUAUGGGUCGCUUUUCUAAGCUGAAGGAAAUGCAAGAAGAGCGUAACUGAGAGCACCUGCCAAAACGAGAGCCAUUAAAAUAUGUAACAUAAAGAUACGAUUUUUUUCUUUCCUUCCCAUAAACCUGCUUUCUCUCCUGCUUUGCAGUGAGCUCACCGCAGGUAAAGUCGAUACACAGCUAGCUUCUGGGGACAGGAGGAAUCCUUUUGGCUCACGAUGGACCCUUUGCCUGCUCCUCAGGUUCCCUGAACUGCAUGGCAAUGAUUUGUGGUGCAGGAGGGGGCUGGGGUUAGGGUUUAAAAGCAAGCAGUUACUGCAAGUGAGGAGCCUUCUCAUUUCAGCUAAAAUAUAGCUGGUUAAGUUUCCAGUGAUCACAUCUUGGAAGGAAAGACAUUCAAAAAUUAAUCAUCAAAUGCAUUGUUUUCUCUUUGAAAUGUGACAGAUUUUUCUAUUCUGAAAUUUUUAUGUUGACUUCAUAUUUUAUUUUUUGCAUACUACUUUAUAUUCGCUGAAGGGUUGUUUUUAUAAGUGUAUGUGUGUGUGUAUAUUCUUGCCUAAGGAGAAAAUAGGAAAUUCUGGAUUUUUAGCAAGUCUCCACCCUAUAGCUGCUCUUCAUUUUUUGGGGGGAAAAUUGUCUGGAAUGAAACUUUAAAAAAAAAAACAAAACCAAACCUGUUCAGGGUGAGGGGGCAGACUGCUGCUGUCUGAGGGUGUACCAGUAGUCUGGGCAUGAGGAAUGGGCCCAUCAGCCAAAUCCUUCAGUAGAUCUGAUUUCAGACUUGCAGGGCUUAGGUUUUUGUCUUUUAUAAUGUGGACAUGGAAGAUAAAGGAAAAAAAAUGCGUAAGACAAGUGCAGUAUGUAUAUUUUGUAAAUCUCAUUUUUGUAAGAAAAUAUGUAUUUAUGUUUUUACUUGAUUUUUUUUUUUGAAGGUCUGUAUGAGGCCCUGCUUCAUCCCAUGUACAGAUCACUAAAUAAAUAAUUUUUAAUACAA